AUGGGUGACCCGUUGGCCGAUUUCACCAAUUUGUCUCAAGAUGAGUUUGAACCUGAGCAGUAUGUAAACUCUCAAAAUCAAGAAACGCAGCAAGAAGAAGAGGCACAACAAGCACAACAAGCCGAAGAAGAUAUAGAGUUACCCCAAGAUCAUGAAUUACUUGAAGCUGCCGAGUAUCCACAGAGGACCGCUGAAGAUGAUAAUGGAACGAGUGGUUAUGCAUCUCGCGUAGAUGAUCAACAGGAAGAGCAGGUCCCUAGCUCCGUACAGGUAGACGAGAAGGUGAAGAAAGAGGAUGAGCAUCAAGAGGAGGAAGAUGAGCAUCAAGAAGAUGUCGAUGAGGAGGAAGUCAUCAAGUCUCUAAAAGCUAAGAAGCUCGAUGAGAAUCAAAUUGAACACACGCAAAAGAAGCUAAUUAGAAAACCUAAACCUCCCAUUCAUCAAGUUGAAGAAAUGGAGCAAGACUAUGAUGAUUUCCCCUCUAGCGAAAAGCCAGCAGACAGCCGUGAACCAAGUCAAAGGAAAAGAAUGGAACUAGAAGAAAGGAUGACAGCAGCUAUGACGAAAGUGAGCACUAGGAGGAAAAGAGUAGACGAAGACGAUUUAGAGCAAAUUGACGACAAAAGAGUACAAGACCUUAAGGACGAAAUGAUUGCAGCAGCCAAUGCCGACGUGGAGAAGAACAUAAGAGGAGAAAUAGCUACUGAAAAAUUGAAGAUGUUGGACGUGGUAAUGAACGUUUUAUCGAGAGCUGAUAUGGCGAUAGCAAUAUUGGAUAACAACUUGUUGGACGCAAUUAGGACAUGGCUUGAACCAUUACCCGAUGCCAGUAUGCCCGCUUAUCAAAUUCAAAAAGACCUUAUAUCAGCCUUGGAAAAUUUACCCAUAAAAACGGAACAUUUGACAGCUUCAAGUAUAGGUAAGGUUCUUGUGUUUUACCAAAGAUCCAAAAGAACAGAACCACAAUUGAAAAAAAUCGUAGACAGAUUGAUUGGAGAUUGGACAAGACCGCUUUUGAACAAAUCUGAUUCUUAUAGGGACAGAACAAUUCAGUUUGGUGAAUACAAUAAAACAAGAUUUGCAAAUCAACUAUCGAGACCAAGUAAAAAGAAAGAGAGCAAAACAUUGUACGAACAAAAUGCAGAAAGGAGGAAAAGAGCAGCUAUUCCAACUGCAAGAACUGCAGCUUACAAAAUCGCUCCAAGAGUCGAUAAGAGUUUAUUAAUGAGACAAGCUGGUAGAGGUGCUGGUUAUAAUGAGGGAUUCAAGAAAUUGAACCAAAAAUUAUCCACAAUGAGUACCAAAAGAAAAGCUGUUAAAAAAGGUGGUCCAUCUAUUGAAGGCAGGGAUUUGAGUAUUUAG